UCAUCAGCUUCCUCCGAGCAUCCGACUACCUCCCUCGCCUCCGACCCAUCACACAUACACAGCGCGAGCGUCUUAACCGGGCCUGCGCGAAGAGAAGAGUGCAGAGGAGCGCACAGAUUAAGCAACAGCAAUGGUGAGGGCUCCUUGCUGCGAGAAGUUGGGGCUCAAGAGAGGCCCGUGGACGGCGAAGGAGGACAUGACCCUGGUGGCUCACAUCGAGAAGCACGGGCACAGCAACUGGCGGGCGCUGCCGAAGCAGGCCGGCCUGCUGCGCUGCGGCAAGAGCUGCCGCCUCCGAUGGAUCAACUACCUGCGCCCCGACAUCAAGCGCGGCAACUUCACCAGCGAGGAGGAAGAAGCCAUCAUCCAACUCCACGCCAUGCUCGGCAACAGAUGGUCCACCAUUGCCGCCAGGCUGCCUGGGAGGACGGACAACGAGAUCAAGAACGUCUGGCACACACACCUCAAGAAGCGACUCGAGUCCUCGUCCAAGCCAUCCGGCCAGGCAGCGCCUAAGCGCAAAGCCAAGAAGCCUGCUGUGGCUGGGAGCGCGAUCGAGGGACCGACCUCCGAGCCGGCGUCGUCGUCACCGGGGCAGUCCCUCUCGAUGUCGCCGGAGCAGUCCCUCUCGACGUCGUCCGCUGCUGACUACUCGAUGGCCUCGUCGUUGGAGAACACGGGAAGCUCUUCCUCGGAGUCGGAGGAGUUCCAGAUUGACGACAGCUUCUGGUCGGAGACACUGGCGAUGUCGGUGGACAGCUCCGGUUCCGGGAUGGAAACCGGCGACACCUUCGGCGCAGAUAGUUUAUCGCCGUCGUCGAGCAACAAUGAGAUGGACUUCUGGGUCACACUGUUCAUGCAGGCUGGUGACAUGCAGAGUUUGUCACAGAUUUAAAUUUUAAUUAGAAGAUUGGUUAUGUUCAUAUUUCUCGCUAGCAUUCGCGGCAGAACAGGCGAGCGGCCCGGCCGAACGUGGACAAACAAAGGGGCCAUUUGGCCUCGAAGUUCGUCGGCUGAGUUGACCCUUGUUGUUGGCUCAGUUUCACGUGCGCAUUGGCUGGCCAUAGCUGAGAGAAUUUUCUCCAGGUAGCCGAGGGACAAAUGAUGGGGCCGAAAGACUGACUUGAUCAAGGACUGAAAGCCUGAUAAUACCUUUUAGCCU